AUGUUGCGACAGAAAUCUUCUUCAAAUUCUGCUUUAAUGGUAGGUUUAGUCGCUGCCGUGGGUGGGUUUCUUUAUGGUUACGAUACAGGUUUAAUCAACGACUUAUUAGAAAUGAAAUAUGUCUAUACAACAUUCCCAGCUAACAAAGAAUCAUUUACAACUCAUGAAAGAGCAUUAAUAACAGCAAUCUUAUCCUUAGGAACAUUCUGUGGAGCCCUUAUAGCUCCAUUAAUGUCAGAUAAUUAUGGACGUAAAUUUUCAAUUAUAGUAUCAUCAGGAAUAAUAUUUAAUGUUGGGAACGUCUUACAGAUUGCAUCUACAGAAGUCGCAUUAUUGUGCGUAGGAAGAUACGUAUCAGGGCUAGCAGUAGGGAUUUUGUCGGCUAUUGUUCCAUUAUAUCAAGCCGAAGCAUCACCCAAAUGGGUCAGAGGGUCCGUUGUUUUUACGUAUCAAUGGGCUAUUACUUGGGGAUUAUUAAUCGCAUCAGCUAUAUGUCAAGGAACUAGACGAAUGCCAAAUUCAGGUUCAUAUCGUAUUCCUAUAGGAGUACAAUUCUUAUGGACUUUAAUUUUAGUUACUGGGAUGUUAUUUUUACCUGAAAGUCCUCGUUAUUAUGUUCAAAAAGAUAAUUUAACAAAAGCAUUAACUUCAUUAUCAAAAUUAAGAAGACUACCUCAAGAUGAUGAAGAUUUAAUUGAAGAAUUAGUUGAAAUUAAAGCAAAUUAUGAUUAUGAAAUCUCUUUCGGAAGAACUUCAAUCUUUGAUUGUUUUAGAGCUGGAGGUGGUCGUCAUAAACAAAAAUUAAGAAUGGCUACUGGUAUGGGUGUUCAAUUUUUUCAACAAUGUUCAGGGGUUAAUUUUAUCUUUUAUUAUGGUGUAAACUUUUUCGCCAGUACUGGGAUUCAAAAUUUUUAUAUUAUGUCAUUUGCAACAUAUCUUGUUAAUAUGAUUUUCACAAUUCCUGGUAUAAUUUUAGUUGAUACAAUUGGUAGAAGAAAAUUAUUAUUUUGGGGAGGAAUAGGUAUGUCAGUUUCAAAUUUCAUUAUUGCAAUCUGUGGUGUAAGUAUAGCAGAUAAAGAAAUCAAUGCCAUUUUGAGUGUAUCAUUCUCAUGUUUAUUCAUUGUCUUUUUCGCCAGUUCUUGGGGUGGUGGGACUUGGGCAUUAUGUUCAGAUAUUUUCAGUAUUUCAAUUAGACAAAAAGCAGUCGCUUUGACAGCGGCCACUAAUUGGCUUGUUAAUUUCAUCUUUGCAUACAUAACCCCAUACUUAAUCGAUACCGGGAAUCAUACUGCAGCAAUUGGAAAUAAAAUCUUUUUCAUAUGGGGUGGUUGUAAUGCAUUAAGUGUUAUAUUCAUUUAUACUUGCGUUUAUGAAACUAAGGGGUUAAAAUUAGAAGAAGUUGAUUUCAUGUAUGCUCAUUGUACAUCAGCAUUAUCUUCAGAAAAAUUCAUCUCAACCAAGAUUGAUUAUGCAAAACUUGAUGAAAAUUAUAAUCCAAUAGCACAAACCCCUCCGUCAACCACAUCCAAUAACACCACCAUGUCAGACGAAUUAAACACCAACGAAAAAGACCAUCACCAAUACCAACAACAAAAUCAACCGCUAUACAACAGAGCAUCAUCACAAGCUAAUGAUGAACUAAUGAUAAUCCCCUAUCAAAACAUGUUAUCCCCCGUCUCUACUGAAGAAAACGAAGAAAUGGAUGCCCAUCAACGUAGAAGAACAUCCUCAUCAGUCGCUUCCAAACAAUUCUCCAACUCAAUAAUGUCAAACAGUACCCAAUCAGGGAGACAACCAUCACAAGCAUCAAACGAUUAUCAAUCAUAUUUGGAAUCAUUAAAACGGGAAUAUUCAUUACAUCUUCAGAAUAGUAGGUCAAACCAGUACUUAGUUGAGAGUUCUCCUUCAUCGUCGCGUCCGCGACCGCUAGGUACAGGUACAAUGGGUGGGAGAAGAACCUCAGCAGGAAUAGGACUGGGCAGUAGUGCAACAGCACCAUCGAUCCCCAUGGUUGGAAUUGAUGAUUUUAAUAUUGAUCGUGAAUAUUCGUAUUUACUAUUACAACUACAACCCCUAUAA